AUGAUAGUGGCUGAAGCGGGCUCGUUUACGGAUGGGGGCUGGGAAUGGAGUACCGAUUCUGUUUUUACGGACAGCAGCAGCAUUCCCAACAGACUGUUGGAGGAUCUUUUUGACUGCAUCACGCCAGUUACGCAGCGGCUGGAUGUUGAGGACAAGUUCGUGUGGAGCAGUAGUGGGCAGCAGGUUUUCACAGUAAAAUCCUGUUAUGACACUUUCAAAUCGAAGCUCUCCGGACCCCCUCUCAAUACUCGCAUGGUCAAAGCUUUCAAGCACUUAUGGAAGGUAAAAGCACCGCCCAAAAUUCUCUUUUUCGGUUGGAGGAUUAUUCAUAAUAAUAGACUUUCAACCAAAUAUCAAUUACACAAGCGCGGUAUGUCGGAUGUUAGUAGAGAUCUCAACUGUGUUUUUUGUCUUUCAGAAGAAGAAUGUCCUUCGCAUCUUUUAGGAGGGUGUGAGGUUGUAUCAAAGGUUUGGAAGAAGGUGUACGAGUGGAUGGAUUACGGCGAGGCUUUAACCUUGGAAGAGUUCAACGAGUUUUUCUUUGUCAUGGAGAAGGUGAAGAAUUUAUCCAAAAGAUUUACGAUUGCGGUCAUUUGGCUAGCAACUACGUGGUGCAUUUGGAAUAGGCGCAAUGCGAUUAUUUUUACGAACGCAUCAUUUAGAUUUACCGAAUGUAUUUCGGACAUUAUGCUUAAUUCUGGGACAUGA